AUUUCCCGCACAUAUAAACUACAUCAUUCUGUUGACCCUGAGAGUUUUUAACACGUUUUUUAGGUAAAAGCGAGCAUACGGUACUGUUAGCCGUGUUAUAUAAUGAGUUUUUGAAACUCAAACUAACAUCCGGUCAGACAAAAAAACAUCGACAGGAUUGGGCCAGUCACAGAGCUGUCAAUCUUCAAAUAUAACUGUGGUCAACACUGCAGCUAGAGCACAUCGCGGAUUACGUUGUGAACCCACACAUUUCCCCAACAUGCACCCGGCUUUCUACGCGAUCUGGCUGGCCGCUCUACACCAAUCAAUGCCGGUAAAUUGUUUCCCUGUGCAUUUAGACCCAUCGCAGCCGCGCAAAACAAUUAAAGGAACGAGCAAGCGCUCAGCGUCUGUCGAUUUAGGAGAUUAUUUAUUGAAGGUGAAUUUGAAUGGACAUGUAAAUAAACCCAUCUCCAUAAACUCUCUGGUAGUUGUCCUCCCAAUAAGAACAGAAACAAGUGACGGUGUGCCAAUAUUGGACUUUAAAAGUAAACACUUCUUAUGUGUGGACAUCGAGGGAAAGUUGUUCAGUUCUAUGAUGAACAGCAGGAAAGAGUGCCUUUUCCAGCACCUGCAGAUGGAGAACCAUGUUGACCUGUUCUAUUCAUCUAGCAAUGGACUGUUGCUCCACCUGGAAGGGGCUAAGAUCCAUGUUAAAAGGCAUGACUUGUUAAAGAGACACCUGGUUUACAGAAAGAAGAGGAGCCAACAGGUCAACGCAGCGAACCCAGAAGCAGAGCCCAUCAUGUCUGAUCAGGAUAUGCAACAGGACCAAGAACGAGCUGGUGCCGUUUCCAAGGAGACCAUCACUUCUUGUGACGACCCUUUGCGGGUGUUGCAUUCCAAUAGCCCAGGCAGUCCUAUCAAAACGGCUGUGGAAAAGACAGCGAAAGAGUGAAGUACUGACCAAGAACUUGACUAGGAAGGUCAGAGAAAUGGGCUUUGAGUUUGACGCAACCUUUUGCGAGAUAACAUUAAGGAAAGAUAUCUCCAUGCACCAGUGCCUCAGUCCUUGUGAGUUUGUGAUUUGGCAUUGUCUGGAUGGAGUGGUCACAAGACAAUUUGAGUAAGAGCAUGUUAGAUUGAAACAAGGAGGUGAAUUACAUCUGUGCCCAUCACUAGAAAGAGUCUUACAGUAUAUGUUGAGGUAGUUCUUCCUAAAGUCAGGAAUGAGUUGAUGAGGAUCGGUGGAUGAGACUAUGUGUAUAGCACAGUGAGAUACCAACCUUUUGGUUAAGCAAGGGCAUGAUGAACUUUUAAAUAUUUACAUUGCGAAAGGCAGGGCACGGUGGGAGUACGUUGAAUGUUUCAAACAGUUGGGUUUUCUCUGAGUUAGGGAUGAAAGUCCGAUUUUAAAUCAUGAUGAUUCAGGCUGAUCCUGAAAAUGUGCAGGCUCAUUUUAAACCAGGCACUUCUUGUUUUUAUUACGGCCUAUAAACAAUUCAGGCAGGUCACCCAUCAUUUCCUUAUCUACAUUCCAAAGUAUCUUAUUUUAAUUCAUACAGAAAUACAUGUUUGAGUAGCAGUUCAUGGGGAGCUGGCCAGUUUGGCAACAUUCAAGGUAAUUCUUCUCUUUAAUGGUAUGACAGGGUUGAAAGAGUGUCGAUGUCCUUUCACCCCUUUUACAAAGUUAAAUUUUAAACUGGUUUGGCAUUGAGCCUGAUGUUGCAAUAUUUUAGUUGCAUUAGAUUUUCCUAUGUCAAAAUGGACCAAAAUUGCUGUUUUAAUUAUUGUAAUUAUUAUUUUAUACAAGAUUGCAUUGUAACUUCUAUUAAUUGCAGGCCAUUUUUCAAUAGAUAUGUUAUGAAAUUACUAUAUUUCGUCAAUAUAAAGGUUGUGGAUGUUAACUAUGUUUAAAUAUGGUAAAUAUACUGUACAUGUAUCAAGGUUGUUUGACUGUCAUUAUACAGUACAGACAUGUGGCUGAAUGAUGUUACUUCAACACCCACAACAAAUUGUAGCUGGUGCUGGACACCAUUAGGAAAAAGCAAUGAGCCAUAACAAUAUAAUGUUUAUUUAUUCAAAUGUAUUCACAUAUUGUUAUUUAUAAUGCUUGUUUUGUAUGGAUGCUUAUUGUCUUAUCAUAAAAUGUAUAGAUUGAAACAUUUCUAAAAUAUAACAGAUUCUGACAAUGUAAUCAUUACUGUACAUAUCAUUUGAAAUAAUGUUCAUUUUAUUAGGUUAAUACCCUUAAAUGUUUGUUAAAUAUAUCAAUCGAGUUUAUUUUCUUCAGCAUUUUAGAAUAAAAACAUUACGUCCUUUUCACA